CUGUGUGGUCUCUUGACUCAUGUUGUUGCUGUGACUGAGACUCAGGAGGAAACGUGACGUUUCUCUUCAUCUUCACAUGUUUUACUUUCCCCGCGUUGACAGUUCGAGUCAGUUCGCGGAAACCCACACGAAGUACAACUCCCAGCACGCGCCCGGCGACAGCAUGACGGAACAGUCCUCGUUGUUACUGCGCAAACAACUAGGGGAGCUCAACAAGAACCCAGUGGAAGGCUUCUCUGCGGGUCUGGUCGAUGAUGACGACAUCUAUCAGUGGGAGGUGGUCGUCAUUGGGCCUCAGGACACAUUAUUCGAGGGAGGUUUCUUCAAGGCCACGUUAACCUUUCCCAGGGACUAUCCUCACAGGCCUCCCAAGAUGAAGUUUGUCACAGAGAUCUGGCAUCCGAAUGUGGCCAAAAAUGGUGAUGUUUGCAUCUCAAUCCUGCACGAACCUGGUGAGGACAAGUAUGGCUAUGAGAAGCCUGAGGAGCGCUGGCUGCCCAUCCAUACGGUGGAGACCAUAAUGAUCAGUGUUAUAUCCAUGUUGGCCGACCCCAAUGGAGACUCUCCUGCCAAUGUAGAUGCAGCUAAAGAGUGGAGGGACGAUCCUGCUGGAGUUUUUAAGAAAAAAGUGGCCCGGUGUGUGCGGAGGAGUCAAGAGAUGGCUUUUGAUUAAAGCCUCACUCCAGACAUCAACACAGUUAGAACUCUACAGGGUAUUUGACAACUGGUUACACUUAAGUCAGCGGAAUGAUCGUGGAACACAAUUUUACCAACAUCAGUCAACCCACAGAAGAGAGAGACUCGCUGGAAGAAGAAAAUAAAUUACAAACCCAUGUAUAGUUGAGUACCAUCAGCUUUUUUUUUUUUGAGCCGUCACCUAUUUGUCUGUUCAUUUUUGUCUUGCAGUUUGAGAGUUGUUAUUUAUAAAUGCUGCCAAAAAAGUUCCCAUUUUUACUUUUCAUUGUUCCUUCCCCCAAAGGGACGAGAUCGACUUUCUGUUCAAGAAUCAGUGUUUCACUCACAGGAAGAUAAAUUAAACAGGCUAUCACCUCUUUAUGUGCAUACUUAAGGGGUAAAAGUAAAAUCCUGUGUGAUUAAUGCACCAUUUCCACACUUAUUUACUUUAUAUGAACCUAUUUAUUUAGACUGCGACUAUUUUGAGAUGCGUAUCAUCUGUUUUGAGUCUUUUUAGUUUUAUUUUCAACCUGCCACACUGAGCCAUCCAGUCUAUUGUUUAACAAUGGAUGUAUGUCGUUCCGGAGCAUUUGCAGUCAAGAUGGAGUUACAGACACUGGCUUUUCUUUCCUGCACAUUUAAGAGGUUUUUUUCCCUGAGGGGGGAAAUAAUCAUCCAUCGCUGCCUUAACUUUGAUUGCCAAGAAAGGAAGGAAACCUGUUUUCAAUAAAAACUGCACCUGACGGCUUGUUUUAAAGGCAGAUAAACUCUUAUGGACAAACCAAAGACAACACACCAAUAAAUACCUUUUGUAAUGAACAUGCUACAUUUUUACCUUUUGUAAAUAUAAACUAUUUGUCCUUGAGAUUGCACAUGAAGAUGCAGAGGCGGUGUUGUCGUAGUUCGGUGGCACUUCAAACAGCACCCAUGAAAUGAUCUCCCGAUCGAGUGGCUCAUCAGGGCUGAACAGUAGUAAUAACAUAUUUUUUAUGGCUAAUAAGGAACCUCAUUUGAUGGGUAUGUGGAGGUGUGCAGGUUAAUCAAUGUUAAGAUUGUGAAAACAAGAAAUAAAGCUCAAUGUGGACAUUGUUGA